GUUAUAUUUUUUGUUACAAGCAAAAAAGAAAAAAAAUGGCUUCAAAUUCAACCACUUCUCUGUUCUUGAUUUUGUUCUUUAUUAUUCAGUGUCUAUCAGUCAUCUAUGCAGCAAAAGAUUUUGACUUUUUCUACUUUGUUCAACAGUGGCCAGGAUCAUACUGUGACACUAAACAAAGUUGUUGUUACCCUACAACUGGAAAACCAGCAGCAGAUUUUGGAAUCCAUGGACUUUGGCCUAAUAAUAAUGAUGGCACUUACCCAUCAAAUUGUGAUCCAAACAGUCCUUAUGAUCAAUCUCAGAUUUCUGAUUUAAUCAGUAGAAUGCAACAAAAUUGGCCAACACUAGCAUGCCCAAGUGGUACUGGCUCAACAUUUUGGUCACAUGAAUGGGAAAAACAUGGCACUUGUGCUGAACCUGUUUUCACAAACCAACAUGCCUACUUCAAGAAGACUCUUGAUCUCAAGAAUCAAAUUGAUCUUUUGUCAAUACUUCAAGGUGCUGAAAUUCACCCUGACGGCGGAUCUUAUGACUUGGUCAACAUUAGAAAUGCAAUUAAAAGCGCGAUUGGAUACACUCCUUGGAUCCAAUGUAAUGUAGACGAGUCGGGAAAUAGUCAACUAUACCAAGUUUACAUUUGUAUCAAUGGCUCAGGUUCAAAUCUCAUCGAGUGCCCUAUUUUCCCUGGAGGGAAAUGUGGCUCAAGCAUUGAGUUCCCAACAUUUUAAACUAGUUUUUAUUCUUUAGACUAAUUUCAUAUGCCUCAAUUUGUUGUCUUCCCUUUUUACUAUUUCUUGUUUACUAAUGUAUACAUGUUCUAAUCAUUGGAAAAAGGCUAUACCUUGUUUGGAGCAAUAGCAUAUUGAAAUUGCCGUUUCUUCUUA